AAUAUUAAGUGCUAUGUGCAUUCUUUAAAUUUCUCCAAAGAUCCAGAACAAAAACAUUGGAUCUUUUUGUAGAAAUAUUAAACCUUGUCUGAUUUUAAGUCUAUAUACGCACACCAAAGAGACAUACUUGCCUCUGUUUCAAUUUAUUUGAAUCUAUUUCUUUUUUAAUUCGUGUCAAAAUAAAUAGUCUUUUUUCUAAUUUAAAAAUAAAUUCACUUUAUGAAUGAGCCACACAAAUUUUCAAAGCUUAUUUUAAACCACAAGUUUCAAAAAUCUUCCUUCUUUUUUAAAUAUGUGCCCAGUCAAAUAGAUUCAUAUAAAUUGAAACGGAGUACAUAAAUGCACACCCACAGAAAAAGAAAGACAAUUGGAAAAAGCUGAUUUGAUUGAAAGAAACACUCCAAAAAGAAGCAUCAAUAUACUUAAUUUUAGGCCACAAGAUUUAGAGAAGGCAAUCAAAAGGAACUUCCUCUUUGAUUGGAGUUUUGAAAGUGAUUUGACAGAUAAUUUGCAAUUUGGAAGCGAGAUUCAGAUACUCCUGAAGGGCACCGUGUUGACUAGGGAUUUACGGUUCUAUCGGGUUCUUAUAUCAGUAAUGGUGAAGGAUUCUAGUGAGGGAUAAGCUAAGACACAUGGAGAAUUCUCGUGAUUUUCUAAGCAAUGGAAAACCAGCUGAUCCUGGUCUCCAAAUUAUAAGGCACCCUUCUUACCAAUCUUGUGGGAAAUUAUCGUUAUCUUGGUUUGAUAUUAGAGUUUUCUACAUCAGAAUCAGCAAUUUUAUGGUCGAUGAUUCGACCCCAGAAAGUCUUACUCUUAACCAUAUCCCUCUAAGCCCCGAUACGCUGCUUGAAGUAAACGGUAAAAGAUGUUCCAUGUAUUCGGAAGGAGCCUCUUGCCUUCUUCGAAGAGACCGUGUUGAUAAGAAAGCAGAAGAAGCUACAUUUGUGAGCACCGAUAGCAUAAGAUUGACAGGGAAUGUGAACUUUGAGGUUUUGCAUAAAGACGAUCUUGUCCUGUCUGGGGUUUUAGAGAUGUCCGACAUCAACGGUUUUUCCGGGGAGUCUAAGAACUGUCUUAGGAGAUGGAGCAUGAAUUGUGAAUCAGUUAUGACAGCUGGCACAGGCUUUCUAAAAACUGAAUCAUUGUUGCCGACAGUUGAAGUCUAUGUUGCCGGUUGCUUCUGUGGGACACCGAUCAUCUUAACUAAGACUUUGCAGCUAAAUUACAGGAAGAAGCAUCAUCGAAAGGGUAUGUUAGACUCCAUUCCGGAGCAUGAAACAGCUGAACAGCAUAAAGAAGUCUCGUCUGGACAUGAUCUGCAGGUAACAGAAUACCGAAAUUACAAACCAGAAAGUGAAGAAGACUACAACAACAUGUACUGGAGAGGAACAGAACUUAUGGAUGGUGAAGACGGGGAAAUGUCCUGGUUCAACGCUGGGGUCAGAGUUGGUGUGGGGAUUGGCCUUGGCAUUUGUGUAGGAGUUGGAGUAGGAGUUGGUUUAUUAGUCCGCACAACUCGAAACUUAAGAAGGCGUCUUGUGUAAUUACAUAGCAUAAAUAUAAAGGCUAACAGAGUGUAUUCUACUUUAGACAUUUUCGAUGUUGCUAACCAUUCUCUUUUUUCGUGUGUAAUCCAUUUUCUACUUCCUUUCCCCCCUUUGGCGCCUCCUAGUUUCUUGUUUAGCUUUCCAGUUUUGCUGCCUUUUGGUGCUGAGGAGUGAAGCAGUUGCUAAAGCUGUAUGGACAUGUUUAGGCAAAUAUCAUAUCAUGUUAUUGUCUGUUUAUGUGUAAAUGUCUUUUUUUUAAUUUUUUUAUGAGAACCUCAUGGCCUGGUAUUUGUGCCUUUUAAGCAUUGAUAAAAUCAAUUUUGUGCA